GCGCGCAGCCCCGGGCGGGGAGCUGCCUGCAGGUUUCCCCGCGGCUCGGCGGGUCCGAGAGCGGGCGCCGAGAUGCGCCCCCUGCUCGGCCUCCUGCUGGUCUUCGUCGGCUGCACCUUCACCCUGUACUUGCUGUCGACGCGACUGCCCCGGGGGCGGACGCUGGGCUCCGGCAAGGAGACCGGAGGCAGGUCACUAUGGUUCCCCUCAGACCUGGCGGAGCUGCGGGAGCUCUCCGAGGUCCUUCGAGAGUACCGGAAGGAGCACCCGGCCUACGUGUUCCUGCUGUUCUGCGGCGCCUACCUCUACAAGCAGGGCUUUGCCAUCCCUGGCUCCAGCUUCCUGAAUAUUUUAGCUGGUGCUUUGUUCGGACCAUGGCUGGGGCUUCUGCUGUGCUGUGUGUUGACAUCAGUGGGCGCCACGUGCUGCUACCUGCUCUCCAGUGUCUUUGGCAAACAGCUGGUGGUCUCCUACUUUCCUGAGAAAGUGUCCCUGCUGCAGAGGAAGGUGGAGGAGAAUAGAAACAGCCUGUUUUUUUUCUUGCUGUUUUUGAGACUUUUCCCCAUGACACCAAACUGGUUCUUGAACCUCUCAGCUCCGAUUCUGAACAUCCCGAUUGUGCAUUUCUUCUUCUCUGUUCUGAUUGGUUUGGUCCCGUACAAUUUUAUCUGUGUGCAGACAGGUUCCAUCCUGUCAACUCUUACCUCCCUGGAUGCUCUCUUCUCCUGGGAAACAGUCUUUAAGCUUUUGGCCAUUGCCCUGGUGGCCUUAGUUCCUGGAACCCUCAUGAAAAAAUUUAGUCAGAAGGACCUGCAUUUGAAUGAAAUAAGCAACGCUAAUCACCUAAAUAGUAGAAAAGACACGUGAUCUGGGUUGUUUGCCACGUCCCUGGACUCUGUUGCUUAUUUGUGUACCGGUGUGGUCCUCUGCAGCCCCUCAUUGUUUUUAAUUACCCUCAACAGGUGAUUUGGACACUCUUCAUCUGUGUGCAGCGUUUUCAUGAAGGACUUUCUGUGCUCUAGAAGGGGGAUUGUACCAGGUCCUCAAACCAGUCCUGGCUUAGCAGGACACUCUGUGAAACGGAUGGCCUUCUAGAAAAUCCUAUUUAUAUUCUAUUGAAUAACAAGGAACUCGGGGUGGUCUGUUGUAUUUGCCUCUUGCCAAGCCCUGAGCUGCCUUAGGAGAAGACGCUGAUUGUCCUUGUCCAGAGUUGCCUCUUUCGCUAAGUGGUAGGCUGUUGUGAUAGGUGUUCUCCUGGUAUGUCCCUAGUGGGUGUUCUUGGUAUAAAUGAUGACGUGAACCCACCUCACUGACAUUACCCUUCAUCUUGUUAGCCUCUCGAAGAGUAUUGUGUACUAUUUUUUUGCUGAUGAGCUACCUCUUCCAUAAACCAAGGGAAACAAGCUGACGAACAGCGCAGAACUUGCACGUACAGCUCAAAUGCACAGUGAUCUCCG